AAUGUGAUUCAAGCUUAUCACAUAUUGUAUAUACAAGAGCUCGUUCGUGGUUAAUUCUAAGUUAUGGCAAAAGAAGAAGGAUCGUCGCUCAUUUGGUUUACUAUUACAAAAGAGGAAGAAGGACAGGAAAAGAAAAUAGAAGGUUAGACUUCUAAACACUUGUUUGAAAAAGUCUUUUUUGUGUUUUUGCCAAUAUUCUUUGCUAUGUAUUUGAAGUGUUUAGCCGAAAUAGGCCGCUAUUACUCCGGAUUAAAUCGAAUGAUUUAGCAGGGAUAACAGCUUAUGAACUAAUAGAGCUUAUUUCCUAAAAAACAGUUAAAUAAAACUCGUAAUUAUCGCUAACAUUAGGCCAACCGAGCAUAUAAAAUGCUAGUUCUUGCUUUGUACGGAAAUCGGUUCGAUUGAUCGCGAACGGUCAAUUGAACGCUAAAGCCAUUUGAAUUAAAAGCGAUUUUCAUAAGUCGUAAAAGUUCUUUAGAAGCAACUCGUUAUGACGUCAUAACCCUUUCGAAAAUUGGCCAUGAUCCAAUUUAAGAGCGUUUUUUUUUAUUUUGUUUUUCAAUAAAGAUUUAUACUUUUCGAGUAUACAAGAAGUAGAAAAAGGAGACGAUAUAACAUGCUUAAUCUAGUCGAAAACGAGACCCAGGCUAAAAUUUCGAACAAUUAAUCGAAUAGAUGUUGGUAGAUAUGCUGAUCAAAGGUUUAGAUAAUUAUAACAUUCCGCACUUUUCUACUAGAUUAAAUACUUUUAUAAUGCAAAAGGUCAAUUUUUUUACUAAUCCUGAUUAUGUUGAAGCUUUUUAACUAAAAAUUAAUAAAACUUUCCAGUCAAUUUAAUUUAAAAAGCUAUAAAGCUUAUUGGAUUUAGAGCCGCUCAUUUGAAAAAAAAAGUUUAAUGCUUAGAAUUAAUUACCGCCCUUAUGACACAAAUUCCUGUUGAAUAAUAGAAAAAGUUAGCGAAGACUACUGUUUUUGUUUCGUUAAAAAAAGUGACUCGCUUGUUGUUUUGAAACAAUGAAUAAAUAUAAUUGUUUAAAAACAACGUGGGAGAGGAUAGACGCUUGUAUGAAUCGUAUGAAUGAAUUUUUUUAUGAAUGAUUGUCCGCCUGCCGCAAGAGUGCAUUCUAUUACAAAAGAUAGAAGGUUAUAAAGUAGCCAAUAAACACAAUUGAACUGGAGAGGAAAGGGCGAAAAAAGUACUGUUAUAUGAAUUUUCUUAAAGUAAAACCUAACGAGCUAUCGAAUAGCACUUGAACAAGUUGAUUAUAAACAACUAAACGGUAAGCUUAUAAUAAACGGCCGACAAUAACCAAUCAGAAGGUACGUCACUAAGCUUGAUAGGCUUGGUUUCAUUGUCAACACUUUAAUCGAAUUACCCAUAAGUUCAGAGCGCCAACUCGAUUCCGCUUGAUCACUUGUAAAAAUCUUGACUGACGUUUAUUGACUGUAAUUCAAUUUCGAUCAGUGUGUUUGUAAAAAGCUGACUGUUUGUUUCAGUCUUAGUUACGCUUAACGGUUCGUUGAGUGAAUACUGUUUUCAGUUUUGUUUUACUUUUUCUUGAGAGUGAACUCAUUUUUAGCUAAACAAAUAAAGAUUGACGAAAAAUAAUAAAUCGGAUAUUAUUCAAGAAAUGAUUUCAUUUAAAUUCUCUUCUAUUAUAUUCACUCAAUAAUGGAGACAAAUUUUACAGAAGAACGAAAGAAAAUGGCUGGUGAAGAUGUAUUCCGAACAGAAUGCAAAUAUGAUGAUGAAAAAGAAGAAAAAGUAAUUGAAGAUGCUAAUACAGGCUCGCCUCUGAAAAGUAUUUCUCCUGAACGUCGAUUAUCAGUAGAGUCGACAGGAAGUAAUUCAAGUGCAAGUCGUAUAUCUCAAGUCUACUUGUCGAGGAAACAAACGCCAGUAAAACUCAAUAAUGGUGCUCAAGACUCUGAAUACAGUGCCGAUGAACUUCUACAGGAUUUCUUAUCCAAGAACAGUUUAACAAACGUUUCACCUACGACUGUAAAAAUACUCAUAAAUAAGGCUGUUCAAUGCCUUGUUGGAGAAAAUACAAAACUUACCACAAAAAUUGAAAAACUAGAAGAAGAAAAAGCUAAAAUGCUAUCUGAUAUUCAAGACUCUUCUGGAUCUUUAGAUUCUAAAUUAAGAGAAGAAGAAGAAAAGUGCAAAAAAUUAGUAUUACAGUUAGAAAAUAUAAAAAAUAAAAACGAAAUAUUAAUGAAUGAAAAUAAAAAAAUCAUCUCUGAUAGAGAAGUUGAUGUUGAAAAGUUGAAGAAUGAAUUAUCUACCAUUCAAAGGGAACUGGAAUCAAAAGAUCGGGAUAAUGUGAAAUUGAAGAAAGAUUUGGAUAAUAUGAAAAACGAAUUGACAUCCAAAGAGAGUUCUCUCGCUGCAGCUCAAAGGAAGAUGGAGGAAUUAAAGGAAAAGAAACCGCCUCCAAUUACUACAAAGCAACCUGUAACGCCAGCGUCAUCGAAGAAAAAUUAUAUAGAAUUAGAAAUUCUUCACGAAGUAGACAUGCUAAAAAAUGCAAAAGAAGAUUGGAUAAGAGAAAGGAGAGAUCUUGAAAAAAAAUAUUCUACUCUCAAUCAGGAAGCUGGAGAUUUACAAAGAAAGAUUGAGGAGCAGGCCAAUGAAUUACGCAACGAAAGAAAGCGUCACUCUUUACUAACUCGUCAAUAUAACUCUUUAAUGGAGGAGAAUAAUAGACUGAAGCAGAAACUAGGACUUAAACUUGUUUCGAACAAUCAGCAUAGACAACCAGAAAACGGUCGGUUAUCUGCUAGACAGGACCGCGCUGUUAUGAUUGUACCUCCUCAUAAUGUUCAUAGAAGUAAAACAGAAAUUAUAGGAUUAAAUAACUCCAGACCAAUCGGUUUAGAUGGAGAAAGGAUAUCCGGUAAGAGGUUAGUUGAACGUCCAAGUUCAAGUAAAGCCUCUGUACCAUCAAAUGGUUUUCCCCAAAUACGAUCUAAAUCGAGGGAGAGAAUUGGUUAAAGCAUUUAUCGGAUUAAAAAAUCAGUAUUCAUUAGCAUUUUUUUCUAACUUAUUUAUUUAUUACCUAAAUAGGGAAUUUUCAGUGCCAAAUAUUUAAAGUAUGCAUAUUUUAUUUACACAUUGCUUUUAGAUACAAAUGUAGUUAAGGUAGUAAAGGGGUUGUGUGCAUAUAUUGCAUUUAUGAGCAAUAUUAACAAAAGCAUAUUUGUAAACAUGCAUGUUUUGUACUGUACUGUACUUGAAUUUUAUUAAUGUUUUAUGUUGAUUUAAUAUUUGCUAUAAUCUGUCUACCUUUUCUUGGAAAACAACUGAUAAUUUAUUUGCACUGCUUGUGCGCACACUGUUAAUUGCUGUUCUUUACUGUUAGUCUAACCGGUUUUUUCUUCCGGUUAAAUAUUUUUUGAGCUAUUUUCCCUUUUAGAUAAUGGAGAAAAAAAAUUGAAUUUGUGCCACUGGACAAGAUUCCAUUCAAACUAGCAUUGUAUCUUUAUAUAUAUACUGUAUACAUAUAGUUGGAUACUUUUUUUUUAAUUCUUCUUAGAAGUAAAGAUAGAUAACAAGAAACUAAAUAAUGGAUUUUAACUAUACAAGUUUUUAAAUGACUGAAUAAUUUUUUCACAACAAUUUUUUAAACACUUUCCAAUAACUUCAAUACAUAAAGUUUAUCAUAUGCUAU